AUGGCGCCUCCCAAGAAAUCAAAGAAAAGCAAGAAAGAUAGGAAAUUGAAGAAAAACUUAAGCUUGGUUCCAGUCGAGCCUAAAGCCGCAGACUCUGACUGGUGGGAUAGUUUCUUCAACCCAAGGGUACUUUUGUUUGUGGCAAGGCCAAGGACUUUUGUUCAAGGAAACCUUCCGAAUUCCAUGGUUUACAGAAAUGUUGAGCAGUACCCCAAUGCAAAGCAAUGUUCCUGGAAUUCUCAAAUUCUCAUACUUGAGAUUGAUGCUCCCAUUUACUUUGCAAAUACCAACUACUUAAGAGAAAGGCACACAGGUUGGAGAGGACUUGAUGAAGGCAUCAUUGUAGUUGGGACUUGCAUGAUUUCAAGGCCACAAUGGCUGGUUGCAUUAAUUUUCCAAGAGGAAGCUUGGUUUGACUCGGUGAGUAUUCUGGAGUCUGACUCGGAUGAUGACUUUAUCAGUAUACAUGGAGAUGGUUUUCCAUUGGCAAGCAAUCCAGUUGGGAAUAUCUCAAGUGGCCAAGUACUUCAGCAUGAAAGAUCUGCUCGCUUUGUUGAUAAUGAGUGUAAGUAUGAAGAAUACCAAAGCUAUAUGAUAAUUGAUGGAGGUAUAUCAGAUAAAAUCAGAGGCAAAGAUGAGCUCAGGGAAUCAAAUAGGUUUUCGCUUAUUGAUACACAGGGCUAUGAGCUUUCUCACUUAGGGAAGGCUGAUGAAGUUUGCAGUAGGAGGAAGAAUAUAUUAGAUCACUCUUAUGGAAGCUUUAAAGGACUUACAGAGGAUGGACGCGAUUGUAAUGAAAAAAUUCAAGACAAUGCCCUGAAAUCCGGCUUAUCUCAAUUGUUGGCUACUUAUCCUGCUACAAUGUUUCUUGGUGAUAGUGAUGGAGAGGGGAUGAGUCUUGUAAUGUAUUUCAAAGUUUCUGAGAAUUUUGAUAAAGACAUAUCAACUCAAUUCCAGGACAGCAUCAAGAAAAUGGUUGACGAUGUGAUGGAAAAAGUUAAAGGAUUUGCGAAGGACUCCACUGUACCUUUCAGAGAAAGACUAAAGAUCUUGGCUGGGGUGGUAAAUCCUAAAGAUCUCAGUCGGAAUUCUGCUGAGAAAAAGCUUGUACAUGCAAAUAAUGACAAACCGGUUCUUUCACGCCCCCGGCACAAUUUUUACAAGCAAGAAGACCAUAGGUCUAUGCCAGCAACUAUUUGCCGGAUUAGACCUCACCCGAGGAAAGCUUCCUAG